CUUAGUUUGAACAGUAUGACCUGAUUAUAGACCUGAAGAUGAGGUGUAGACUGCGGUACCGCUCAGGUUGGACCGCCUUCCUGUUUCUUUUUACUAUUGCUGGCGUCAUUUUAACGUAUAAUCAGAUGAAUGAGGAUAAGAAAUCAAACAUCAAAGACAAUGUGAACAAACAGGGACCUAAUGUUGUGGAGAUGCGCCAGAAAGUCCAGCGUCCUGUACAGCAAAAACAGGGGAAUUUGUUCAAUGAGGUGCCUCUGAUGGAGGAAGAUAAGACUGUCCGAUUAAGGAGGCUCCUCUCCGAUUUAUACCCAGACAACUGGGGUACGGCUCAAGAUGCCGACGAAAUGGCGUACAACAUUAAGAUUCAGUUGUCUGACUUAGGGUACGAGAGUGGACUGACGUGUAAAGACGUAGAUAACCUCAGAAUCUCACAAGCGAUCAAAGUGGGUGCAAAAAAGUAUGUCGAUCGUGCAAUUCUCCAGCCACAUAACACCGAAGUUGUGAUAAAGAGUCAGGGAAAUGACCAGGAUACUAAGAUUAAAUGUAUGAAGAAAGUUUACGAUGCAGAUAAAUGUCAUAAUAUGGGAAACUAUCACCUCAUGAGGGAGAUAAUUCUGCUAUCCGUCCUUAAACACCCAGGCAUCGUAAAUUUCCUUGGUUUCUGUAUCCGUGGAGACAGUAUAAACUAUGAUAUCAAGAAGAAGGGUUUAUUGCUGGUACUGGAGUCUGGAACACCCAUCACUGCCGGCAUUUUAGCCUACACCCAGUGGGAAACCAGAUUAAGGUACGCCAUUGAGUUGGGUGAAUUACUGAAGUAUUUAGAAGAAAGCCCACUGGGGAGUGUGGAGGUACUGGGGAUAAAGAUGGACGAUUUUGUGACGGCGAAAGGGAACCAUCUUAAACUGGUAGACCUAGACGAUGUCAGCUUGGAGGAAAAGAUGUGUCAGUCUGACGCUGAAUGCAAAAUUCCAACAGCGUCACUAGCACAUAUGCCCUGUGAGAAUGGGAGAUGUAAGGAUUGGAAUGCCAAAAACAAUCUACAGAGGGUGGGAGCUUCGCUGUUCCUUCAGCUGUUAGGAAAUCCUCCACCACAGCUUUCUAGUGGAAUCAAUGCACUAAAACAGAAUAUUCUCCUUCUAAAUAUAACAGCCAAUCAGAUCAUCAAGAAACUGAGAGGAAUGCAGUCAGAAACAGAUUCUGGUGUUCAAGGCCAAGAGAACAACCUCCAAGGUCGUCAAGGAGUGGGUCAAGACUUGAGACAGGGUCAAGGUCAUGCUAAGGUUGAGAUGGUACAACAAAGAAUUGUGUCAAGAAACGAAGAUCAACAUCGCCAGGAAGAAAUUAACUCAAAUCGAGUUUUGCCCGAAAAUAAGUAUUCCAGUAGUGGAGAUUACCGUCGUAUCGAGCAGUCUAACUUCCCGGGGCAAUACGAUUACACCUGUCAAUCAUCUCGAGUCUUGUGGGGGUGUGUCCUCACCGUACACAGUCUGACGGAGGCCAAGAAUUUCUGUAACAAAGACCCCCAGUGUCAGGCCUUUGUCCUGUUUACCUCCAAUCCCGACGGAGAUUCUUUGAUGACGAUGGUAGCUAAGAAUUCUGGGACGGGUAAGCCCCAACCCAAUGUGGGAGCCACGCUGUUUAUCAGGACGAGCUUGGGGAAUGCUGGUCAGAAUCUCCCUCAGAACUUUGUACCCAAAAAGACCACGCCAUCAUCUGAAAACUCGGUGGCAGAGUGUCGCGUGAGGACCUGGAACACGAACUCAGAGGCCAGGAUCACCAGAGAGAGGAGACUCAUGACUCACUUAGGACUCAAAGGUAUAUCAGAAGAUAACUGGAAGUUGAAGGUAAAAAUGUCACGCAUCGUUAAGCACACAGGCGUAGACAAGUUUUCUCUUUCUACCACGGUUGGAGCUCGGUUUGACGUUGAGCUCAAUAAUCUGGAGAACACGAUGAAGAAGGCUGUCUUCCUGUAUGAGAAGGGACCCUCACAAUACCACAUUGCUCAUCUCUUACAGUACCAUCUAGACAGGAUCUUGGGGAUAUAUCAGACCCCUCCUACUGUCGUGUGGUCCCUGACUGUGGGGGACGUUGCUGAUGUUGAGGGAGACAAGGUCUGGGCGGAGACUCUAGGACCAUUUCUGGGCAACAAGGAUGACAUUAAAGGUGUACUGACGACCUCUGUCCCACGAGUUAUACGCGAAGGUCAGGUACAGAUACAGAAACUGAGCAGCAUGACUACGGAAGUCGAAUCAUUCAGUCGCCUCGAGAAAAUGCAGUUAGAAUAUGUGUUCCUUUGGUUUGUCGCAAAAGUUCGUUUUGAUGAGGAUGUCCAUUAUGGUUACAAAGGGCACCUGAUCCACUUUGGGGCUGACGGGGCAUUCCAGGACCUGAAUGUUAAACUUCUGGGAUAUUUUAACAAUUGUCAGUUUCCUAACGUUGUGUAUAAAGCCCUCAGUUGCUUCAAAUGCUCCUCCAAAGGCUCACAGAUCUGCUCCCUGGGGCAGGAGGCAAUGCAAAGGAUUUUGAGCCAUGGUUUCACCAAUCGAGACAUCAAGAUCCAAAACCUGACACCAAACGAGUUGACGACCAUCAUUAACGAUGCUGCUUCGUCAGUUCUGAGCAUCGUGGACACUUGUAUCAAGAAUUUCGGCCGCGAUCAAGUCCUCUACUAAUUCAUGCUUACUAAGUUGGCAGGAAAACCAAGCAAAUAUUUGGAAACGAGAUCAAAGUGACCUUUUCUGCAUUAGAUGGAACCUCAGAGUUGUUACAUUGAAUCGCAGAAAAAGUUGCCAACUGAAUAUGCAUAAUGUUUUGUAAGACACGUUGUAGACAAUUUAUUUUUCUCUAUAAAAAUCCUUGAGUUAAGUGCAGUGAAUUGCACUUAAUGUGAUAUGUGUUAUUAUGAUAUUUCUGUUAAUCUGAUAAGAUACUGUAAACGUAUUACAUUUGGCUGUGUAUUCUUUUUAGCGCUUUUGGCAGAAAGACACUUCCGCUAAUUAAAGUACAACGCUAAAUGUUUUGUACUUGCAUGUAAAUAAGAAUGAUAAGAAAUGAGCUAAAUUAAAUCUACGCUAACUUGUUCAAAACAAUUUCCGCCAAAUAUCGUACACGCUAAAUAUAACACAUUUACAGUAAUUACUUUGUUCUACACUUGUUUUUUUUUCCUCAAACCUUUGUACAUCCAGAGAAUGUAAUUUUGAAUUAAUAAGAAUUCAGUGUUGAGAGCAUAACUUGUAAAAUAUAAUCAAAAACUGAGUUUAUCAGUGUAUCCAUUCUAAAGUAUUAUAUGUUCAGUAUCAUAUAUUUUAUUUUAUAUUAUCUGAUAUUUAAUUAUCAGUAUAACUGAAAGCCUUAAUGUACCUUUUUUUUUGUAUAUCUUUUUUUUUAUUUCUAACAACAAUAAGAUAAUGUACUGUAGGUGUAUAAACAGACUAGAGAUUACAAUACAUGUAGAGUUUAAUCAUAGGAAUUCACAAAAUUUUAGUCAUAUACAUUUAUGUGUAUACAUUGUAUAGAGAAGGAGAACUAUAAUCAGAUGUUGUAAAGUGAACAUAAGAUUAAAUCAUGUAUUAGUAUUUUGCUAUAUAUUACUGAUGUAGACUCAAACAAAGCUGUUUUGUAUAUCCUUUGUAUUGUAGUUAUACAGACUAACUUUCCUACAGUGAACUCAUUUACUACAAAAUCCUACUUACUUUGAAGUUAUACAAAGCAAUAGAAAUCCUAUUUAAUGUACCAAAGCAUUUUUUCUGUUUUCAAAGUUUCUUUUGAUCCAAUUUCACUGUAUACAGAUUUUGUAGCAAGUGUAAAGGACUUCGGUAAAUUUUUCAUUCCAAUUUUGAUUUAUGUAAAUGAUUGUACUAUAAAUCCAGUUCUCUGUUGUCCAGUUUGUGACAAAUUAUUUAUAAAUGUACGUAUGAUGAUGAAGCAAUAGAGGGAGAUUUGUUUACAUUCUGUUGUUUUUCAGAAUUAAGCAUAGAUGUAUACCUGUAUAGUUGUUACUCGAGUACACAUAUAUGUACAUGUAUACUUGUAUAAAGUCAUAAAAUGUAUAAAACGUAGAUGUAUUAGAUGUAGGUUAACCCUCAGUAUUUAUCAAAUAUCUAUUCCUUCUGUACAUUUUAUUUUUUUAGAGGGUUGUAAUUUGUAUCUGUGAUAUAAACAUUUAUGUCGCAAUGAAAGGUCAGUGAAUUUUACCAUUUACUCAGAACCUGAAAUCCUAUGAUGUCAUAUCACUAUUUACAUUUCCACUUUGUAACAUAAUGCCCUUGUAUCUUCAUAUGCAUUUUAUAUAUCUCUUCAGAAAGGGGGGAUGGGCAUCACAUUGUACACUUUUAUGUUUUUCAUAUUAAGAAUGAUUUAGAGGAGUGAAUAUAUCAUAUGAUCUGAUAUACAGGCUACUAUUGCUGUAAGAAAGGUUCCUUUGGCAACACGUUUGUUAAAUCAACUAUUUAGGUAGCAUGAAAAUAUCACUUCCUACCUAAGUGUAAAAUCAUCUUUAUUUGCCUGAAUGAGUAAAUCAUGCCAAUGCAUAUCACUGUGUAAUAUAUAGAGGAUAUUCAAUGUUUUG